UCUCUCUUUGGAUACGGUCCAAUUUCGGCUUCUCUCUUUUCAACCUUUUUUUUCAAGUACUUCCAUAAAUUAACAAUGACUUGAGCAUAGACUUUUCUUUCUUGGCUACUACUACUGUUGAAGCGGACAUUGAGGUGAAAGCUAGUGUACACUGUGUGAUAUUUUCUUCUUUCCUAUUUUUGGUUUUUUAUUUUUUUUAGCUUAAAUUUGAUCUUGAACUCUUAGCAGAAGAGAGGAAUACCAUCGUCGUUUGGUUAGGAGCUGGGUGGUUAGGUGGUCGGUCCUCUUGCUUUCAAAGAGCACUUCUUUACAAGUUGUCUUCUGGGUCGGUCUUUUUUUAUUGUUUUUUUGGUGGGGCUUGUCAUUGGAUUGGUCUUCUUGCUUUAUAAAUUAUAAGUCUUUCUCGGAAUCUUUCUAGUUUUGCCAUUUGGGUCCUUUUUUUUUUUUUUCCUUUUUGUGAUUAGUUGUUUGAUUUAUUUUCUUUUUUCGCUGUUGGCGAUUUGUUGGUCUGCUUUAGCAUUUUCUUUUCUUUUCCUUUCCGUUUUGUCUUUGUGUGGCAAAACAUGGAGGAGAGAUAUGAGCCAAUUAAGGAUCUUGGUUCUGGUAAUUUUGGGGUGGCAAGGCUAGUGAGGGAUAAGAAGACAAAGGAGCUUGUUGCUGUAAAGUACAUAGAGAGGGGGAAAAAGAUUGAUGAGAAUGUGCAGAGAGAAAUCAUCAAUCACAGAUCUUUAAGGCAUCCAAAUAUUGUUCGGUUCAAAGAGGUCUUGUUGACUCCGACACAUUUAGCAAUUGUCAUGGAAUAUGCAGCUGGUGGUGAACUCUUUGCAAGGAUAUGCAGUGCUGGUAGAUUUAGCGAAGAUGAGGCGAGAUUCUUCUUUCAGCAGCUAAUAUCUGGAGUCAGCUACUGUCAUUCCAUGGAAAUUUGUCACAGGGAUCUGAAACUUGAAAAUACACUUUUGGAUGGAAGCCCUACGCCCCGACUUAAAAUAUGUGAUUUUGGUUAUUCCAAGUCUGCUCUGUUGCACUCGCAACCCAAAUCAACAGUUGGAACACCUGCGUACAUUGCUCCUGAAGUUCUAUCUCGAAAGGAAUAUGAUGGCAAGAUUUCAGAUGUUUGGUCGUGUGGGGUGACAUUAUAUGUGAUGUUGGUGGGAGCAUACCCUUUUGAGGAUCCUGAAGACCCUAGGAAUUUCCGUAAGACCAUUGGGAGAAUAAUGAGCGUUCAAUACUCCAUACCAGACUAUGUACGAGUCUCUGCAGAUUGCAAGCACCUCCUUUCUCGUAUUUUUGUGGCUAAUCCUGCCAAGAGGAUUACCAUCCCAGAGAUCAAGCAGCACCCUUGGUUUCUAAAAAAUUUUCCGAAGGAGCUCAUUGAAAUUGAGAAGAAAAACUUUGCGGAAUCAGAACGCGAUCAACCAAUUCAGAGUGUUGAUGAAGUAAUGUGUAUCAUACAAGAGGCAAAGAUGCCUGGGGAAGUUGCGAAAGUCAGUGAGCAAGCUAUUGCUGGUACAUCUGAUGACUGGGAUGCUGAUUUGGAAUCUGAAAUUGAUGCAAGUGGUGACAUUGGGCCCCCUAUCUAAGCAUGAGCUGACAAAUUAUGUGGAAAGGAUUGUGUUCCUAGUUUCAAUUGAUUUCAGAUCAAGUCUCACUUGCCUUUGUGAAUCUAUUUUCAUUGUGAAGUAUUGGUGUUGCCUUGGAUUGAAGUUAAAGUAGUGCAUAUAUACCAUGUGGCGAAAUGGGUCUUGUAUUUACCGUGUAAAAAUUUGCAGGAUCGCAUGCUUCAUUGGAGGAUUUUUAGCCAUUGGCUUCAAGAACAUUGUGCUUUUUUUUUUCCCCCCUCAACAAUGUAUUGUUUACGGUGGUGUUAAAUUGUUAAAAAGACAGGUUUGUAUUUGUUUCUGUGAUGAAAAGUCAGCAUAAAACUUUCAUUCA